AAAAUGCCAAAUACAAAUGAUCAACGUUUUGAAAUGGAUAAAGUAUGGAUUUAAAGUUAGAUUGAUUGACGUGGCCAAGUCAAACAAUUCAGGAUUCCAAAAUAGUAUGAAAAAAGUGAAACAUAAAACAACAUUUUAGUCAGGCAAAGGCUAGGCAGCCAGACAGGCAGAGUGCCUGUUUGGUGUUGGUUGGAGGGAUUCAUCAGAAUUUUGAGAGAGGGGGAAAAUAGCAAAAAAGAAAGGAAAAAAUAGAGAGAAACGAGAGAGAGAGUUUUUGAUGAUGAUAACAGUUUCUCUCUCCUCCAAUCUCCGUGCUUCUGCUCUGCCACCCUCCUCCUCCGCCUCCUCCUCCUUCACUAGCACUAUUAUCAUUGUAAUAAUUAUUAUUGAUUCUACAAUCUUCUUUGUAUCAACGUGUGUAACAAGAUAAUUUCAACAAAAACAACAAAUAAAAUCCAAUAUUUCCCUUCUUUUUUUUUCUUUUUUUUUUUUCCCGGUGGUUUCCUGGGAGGACCCUUUAGGCAUCGUUAAGGGAAGAUAGCAGCCAGGGAAACAUUCCAUUAAUGUGAUAAUGGCUGCUUCCACCGCAUUCAUCAAGCCUACCAACAGGCCCAAGAAACGGCUUUAUCAAGUUUGGAAGGGUCGGAAUAGAUUUUUCUGCGGUGGGAGAUUCAUCUUCGGUCCAGAUGGGACAUCGGUUCUUUUAUCGACAUUCCUGAUAGGGACUCCCGCAUUGACAUUCUGCGCUAAGACGUUUCUGAGUCUGUCUCAAGUUGAUUAUGUUUAUGGCCAUGUUGUGCUCCUUGUUGGAUUGUUUCUCACAGUUUUGGAUUUGUCCUUUCUUUUCAUGACAUCUGCAACAGAUCCCGGGAUAGUCCCUAGGAAUUCCCGACCUCCUGAAUCAGAAGAACUAACAUCCUCCACUUCAACAUCUAUGGAAUGGAUAAACAGUGCAACCCCUGAUCUGAAAUUGCCAAGAACAAAAGAUGUCCUCAUCAAUGGCCUCACGGUGAAAGUGAAGUACUGUGACACAUGUUUACUGUACCGCCCAGCGCGUGCUUCUCAUUGCUCGAUAUGCAACAACUGCGUUCAGAGGUUCGAUCACCACUGUCCGUGGGUUGGCCAGUGCAUCGGAGUUCGCAACUAUAGGUGCUUUAUCCUCUUUAUCACAACUUCGACAACUUUGUGCAUAUAUGUCUUCACCUUUUCACUGUUAAACCUGAUGAAGCAAGAAGGAAGCAUUUGGAGGAGCAUGUCCAAGGAUAUAGUGUCAGUCAUUCUGAUAGUCUAUUGCUUUGUUGCUGUCUGGUUUGUUGGCGGACUUAGUGUUUUCCACUUCUAUCUCAUGUGCACAAAUCAGACAACCUAUGAGAACUUCCGGUAUCGUUAUGAUAAGAAGGAAAAUCCAUUCAAUCUGGGGAUUUUAAAGAACCUGAAGGAAAUACUGCUCUCGAGGUCUCUAACAUCUCUGGUGAACUUCCGAGAUUGGGUGACAGAGGAAGAAGAUGACAGCACUAUCAGCUCCAUAUCACAUAAAUUUCGUGGAGAUGUCACUAAUCAUCCUAAGGGCAUGAUUGACAUUGAAGCUGGAGGCAAACUCAGGAAAGAUGGUAUUUACCAGCUUCCAGAAAUCCUGCACAAGAUUGAUUAUAGUGGUAUAAAUGAUAGCUUGAAGAAGGAAGGAGGUGGCGGAGUAAAUAUCGUGUUUGAUCCUCUGAUCUAUCCAGCUGAUCAAAACGUGAAAGGAGAUGAUGAUAGGUCUGAGGAUAGCUCAAGCAAACCGUCUCCAGCAGUUCUUCACAGAUAGUGAUGAGGACCUAUGUCUUUCUGUUUCAGGCUCAACUAUUUCUGUACGAUUUUUGUAAUGCUAUAUGGCGGCUGCUUUUUGCUGAGAGUGGACAUGUUGAAUUGGCUUGAGGCAGACGAGUCUGUAACGUCUUUCUUGGACCCUUUACUUCUUUGUUUGGAAACGUAGGAGCGAGAGAAUGCAUUCGAGGAGACAAAAGAGAUUAAUAGCAGAAGAAAUCAAAAGAGAUGAAUGUCUGCUUGCUUCGAGAGCUGAUAAAAAGUGUAGCCAUCAAUCAAUUUGUAAAGUAUUUGUAACUUCCUUCCUCUUUUAUUUUAUUCUUUUUUUCUUUCUAUUCUUCAUCCUUUUCUUGCCUUUCUUUCUUUUAUCUUCCGGUUUGGGCAGUUCACAUCCAAAAUGGGAUUUGUAAAUUAUGUUC